CAUACACUCACUCAUUGAACAUACAGAGGCACAAGGUCCGCAAUGUCUCCAUGCAUCCUUCCAUGCCAUCCAUGGUUCAUUCAUUCGUUCACUGCCCCCCGGCACUGAAUCUCUUCCUCCGCUCGUCGAAGCUCCUCUUGAUGGUCUGCACAUCGACCUGGGGGGUGGCAGACGUGGACGGCCACCGAUGCACGCGCACCUCCACCUGUACACAAUUAAGCACAUCCAUCCAUCCAUCCUUUGCCCCCAGACACGGAUGCCAACACAACACACAUACCUGCUGCCCAUCCAUCCAUCUCGCAUCGUCAUGAUGCUGGUGAGGCUGGUAUGGAUGUCGCUCGGCAUCCGCCAUCCAGAGACAGGGCAUUCCAUACUUGGCCCCAAACACGCGACACUCGUGCUGGGAAGGCUGGCCAGAAGACUUGCGUGGCCGUGUCUCCCUCACAGAUGAGCUCCUUUCGAGUGAAGGAGAACGAUACCUCAUUGGCGUCAUGGAAGGCCUGAGGUGCCGCGGCAGCCGGCCUUCCCACGGCAUAGGGCGGCCUAUGAUGGGGUAGCAACCCGACUCAUCUGCAGCACCGUGGCCGUUGAGGUGGCUCCGGAUGUGUUUGUCGCACUGCUCCAUCCUGAAGCUUGUCUGCAGCGACUGGGGCAACGUCCGAAGGAGCGAUUCGAUCUCCUGUUCCCCCAGCCACCGCUCCCGCAAGGCCCGCAUGAAGGUCGAUGCCAGCGGCUGCAGAGACCGGUCCGACUGCAUCAGGUACUUGGGUAUCGCACCAUGAGACAGAGAUCCAGCAUCCUUCUCCUUGCUCGCGACGUGCAAAGGCACUGGAGCCCCAACAAAACGACCAGCCCCGCCGCCAUUUGCCCCCAUGUCCUUGGUUGGUGUGGUUACAAGAGACACAGCCUCGAGUUUCUUCACGACCUGGUCAAUCAGCGGUGUGUAUCGCCAGGGCGAGGGCGGAUCGGGGUGCCGGAAGCCCACCGACACCAGCCGGGACUCCCGUGUGUGUGUGGCCACCCGUGACGUCAUGAAAGGGGUGGACUUGCCCGAGAAGCCCGACGACCGGUGUGGCGUCAGGUGGGACCCGGCAGCAGUCGAACACUCGGAGUGCUUCGAGAUGGCCAGGCGCUUUGGCGGCGUGGACGUGGCAGGGGCAGGCGUGACAGGCUUCUCGAUACUUUUGGCACCGGGGUGAUGGGACUCUUCCUUCGUUUCGAUGCCGAACUCUGCGCUUGGGCAUUCGACCAAGGCCACGCUUGGCUCGUUCUGCGUCUCGUCUGGCCUGGGCUGCUGCGUGUCGUCCUGUGUCUCUGUCUUGGCAGUCGCGUCAUCAGCCGCAGGAGAGAGGGCAAGAGAUGGCAUGGCCCCUUUUCCCUCCACAUAAGCCUUCAGCGGGUCAGCGACAAAGCCCCCCUCUCUCCACCAACGAUGCUGCUGCUGAUCUUGGGAAAGACCUUUGUGCACCGUCUCUUCAUGGUGCCUCUCGUGGAAGCGGUUCAGCUGGCAUGACGGCGUGUGAUGCGUGUGCGGCACGCCUGCAUCAUCAGGCCCUAUCUCGGUGAUCGCCACCCAUCUCUUCCGUGAAGGCGAGACAUUGCUGCGACGGUCGUCAGAAGGCGAGGGCGACGGACUUUGGUGCUUGGGCGGUGGCUUGGAGGGCUCUUGGCUGUCGUCUGGAGGCCGUGGCGAGUCGGGAGGACCACCUUGGCGGUCGUGGAUUGGGUCAACAGGGAGGGGCUCAAGAAAGGGCUGAUCAAAGGUUGUCACUGGGACCUCACCGCCGUCAAAGGCAAUGGCGGGAGGAGAGACGUCAGCGAGCGGAGAAGGGUGGUUGGGCGAGACAUUGAUUUCGGCCAAAGAUGUAUCCGUGUCCCUCGGGGGCUGUCUUGAAGGAGUCAUGAUCUCUUCGAUGUCUUUCUCCCCAGCUGUGCGGCCCGCGUCUUUGUCUGAUCCGCUUGUGAUCCCAUGCAGGAUGUCUUCAUCAAGAUUGAGAGACGCCUACACCAAUCGACGGAAAGUACGUGCAUCAAGGCAUUGCAUGAGUGUGUGCCGACUCCUCUCUCACCAGCAGUCUCUCCACGCUGAAGUCCUCAUCCUUCUCUCCCACCUCUGCCGCAAAGGGGCUGCCCUCUCCGUCAACUCGUCCCAAAUCCAUCGCGAACCUCGACAGGCCCACAUCGGCCCCCGCCAUUGGCACCGGCAUGACCUCACCGCUGUCUUGAUUCUUCCUAUCGGCAGCAGCAGAGCGGGAUGGGUCAGAUCCGCGAGACACUUCGGGCAGGCCAUCGAGCGACGGCAUCGUGAACACUGGACGGGCAGUGCGGGUCAUGAAAGGGUCCACGGGCAGCGACAGGUCAGGGAGCGUGGCGGGCCUGAUCAGCGUCUCCUCGCUGCCAAUCUGUGGGGGAAAGGGCAGCCUCGCUGUUAUGGCUGUUGGGGGCGGCUCGCAGAGUCUUGUUGGCGGCGAACCAAGGAGAUGCCAGCUCACGGACCGGUCCACCCCGUGUUGCGCAUCCUUUGGCCGCUCCGGUGUCGCAGUUGCGGACUCGAAGAAGGACAUGGUCUUGCGAUAAAACGGCCGGUCGGACUCCGCACUCUGCUCACUGUUCAGGGCAGGCUUUGCGGCAGCCAUGUCAUCUGACGAGUCACGGGGCCGCAGGCGGGAGCCGGCGAAAGCCGGAGCUCCAUAGCCGAUGAGGGAGCCCGUGUCUGCCGGUGGCACUGUUGAGAAGAGGGGUCUGUCGCUGUCGUGGAGUUCAUGUGCUGACUUCGAGCUCCAUGGAGUGAGGAGUGGGGCGAAGGGCGUCUUGAGCUCAGCAGAGGCCGCCGGGCUGAGACGGGAGAAGGGACGGAUGGGUUUCGCCUCACCGAACAAGGGAAGGCUCUGGAGGGAAGAGUAGAGGCCCUUUGUUGGGGCGACAGUGGCGCUCGAUGCAAUGCCAUGUGUGUCGAACGUGGGGAGCUUGAUGAGAUCACGGCUGUCGCUGCACACACGGAGUACAUACGCGCUCUGCAGACACUCGGUGUCUUUGAGAGUUGUCUACCUGAGCUGUCCCGACGUCAUUGGUGAAUCGGUCGCAGAGUUUGCCUCGCUGACCGCGGCGCCGUGGGGGUUGC